AUGGAUGGAAUGGUGUUCUCAGUGGAGCUGCUGGAUAGAGAAGGAGGCGAGAUUCGUGCGAGCUUGUUCAACGAAGCUGCGGAGCAGCACUAUGAUCUCAUGCAGUGCGGAAGAUGCUUCACGCUGUGCAACGGCAGCGUGCGCCCUGCCCAGAAGAAGUACAGCGUGCUCAAGCAUGGCUACGAGCUGGUGUUCGACGGCAGAUGUCAGAUACACAUGGUAGACGACGACGCUGACAUCGGAGCAGUGCGUCUCGCCGUGCAGAAGAUUGCUUCAGUGACACAGAUGGCUGUGCCUAGCAGCGUGGAUAUCUGCGGAGUCAUCGUUUCAGCGGAGCACCCUCAAGAGUUUCAGACCAAAGAAGGAAAAGCUUUAGUCAAGCGAGAGAUCACUGUGGCAGACGACAGCGGCCACAGCGUGCUGAUUACCUUGUGGGGUGACAGAGCCAGAUUAGAUAGUCGCGAGUUUGCCGGCAGCCCCGUGGUAGCCCUCAAAGGAGUUCAGGUCAAGGAGUGGAUGAGCUGUCGAAGCGGCUCCAUGGCGGAAGCAGGAUCCAUGAUACUCAACCCAACCUUCUUGCCAGAGGCGCAGCGGGUAGCCGCCUGGUGGUACAAGGGAGGCAACCAGCAGAGAUUGACCUACAUCUCACAUUCGAGCAGCCCAGCUGGUAGUCUUCGACCUCCACAAAGAGCGACCUCGGUAGAGAUCUCAGCGAUGUCGCAGCAGGCUGUGAGGGAGCAGCAGUCCUAUACGCUCAUAUGCCGACUUGGGUCGCUACAACUCCGAAAAAAAACCCACGCCAUGCCUUUGUACUACAUGGCCUGCCUGGAGCUGAAAGAUGGCGGCAACCUGCAGUGUAACCGAAGAGUUGACGAGACCGGGUACUGUCGAAUGUGCCAGAAGUCGGGGAAGGCGGGAUUGCGCGCGAUCAUUUUGCGUUUAUGCAGUUGUGCUGCGCAGGUGGGGCCGCGGCUGAAUGUGCGCUGCCGUUUUCAAGAUGCUUUCGGAUCAUGCUGGGUCACAGUUUUUCACCCAGCUGCCGAGAAAGUGCUAGGUUCGACCGCCGAGUCCAUUGUCGAACUGAGCCAGCAAUCUGAGGAGAUCUGUGAAGAAGCGCUCAAGGACACAUACUACGACGAGAUGUUCGAGCUGCAGCUGCGAGCCAAGCCGGACACGUGGGGUGGUGAGGCCAAGACAAAUGUGACCUGCGUGGGAGCGCAGCGGAUCUCCAGUCGAGAACAUUCCCGCAUGCUUUUAAAAGAGAUCCACCAGCUUUUGAAGUAG